ACCGGGGCUGAGGUUGGGGCACGAAGCGGUUCGAGUUUCUGCCCCCGUUGGCUUUUCCUUACCCCGCGGGGCUUCGCCUUUCAAAACCCCGGAGCCAGGAAAUAGUUAAGCGCUACAGUAUUUUGAUUAGCAGAGCCUUAAAGUCAGUAAAAGACAGUCAGAGAGAACUAUCAGGAGCAUGCUAAUGAAGUGAAGUCAUCAGCAGACACCAGGGAAGGAUUCAUGCCUGCUCCACGCCGUGCCGUACCGCCGGGCUGCACGAACGGCCGUGCAGGUGGACGGGGGGCUCGCAGCGAGGCGACGGCAGCGAUCGGGGCCGGGCUGCCCCGGGGCGUGCAGCUCUCCUCUGGAUGUCGCGCUCCUUUGCUCCGGUUUUGCGCUUCGCCGGAGCCUGAUGAUAUUUCCAGCUCCACGGGAGCUGCGGGAAGACUGGAGAUAGCGCAGAGGGAGACUAGAAAGACAGCAAAGGGCAGCUCCCGACUCCGAGGGAAAGAUUACGGAGGAACUGCACGGGCUGAGACGGCAGCCCUUAAUUCCCCGACUUUUUGAAUUUCCAGCCUGUCGCCGAGGAGAAUGCAGCCCUCCCCUCCGGCCGGCUUAUGAUGAGCCAAGAAAUUCAUAUUUCAUGGGAGGUGGAAGUGAGUCCCGGCAGUAGCGGAGCGGCGGAGGGGUGCCAAGGUCUGGGCUGAAAGGAUGCGGCAGAGCCCCGCUGCCACCCGGGACCCCACACCACCCCGUCCCCGUGCCCGGCCCCCCAGGACCGUGCCAUGACGGGCGGGCAGGAGCCGGCAGCAGGACGGGCAAGCGGGGCUGCGUAGCCCCCCUCCCCGGCUACCAUGACCGGAGAGACCCAGCAUGUUUACACCAUCAGCGACGCUGAGGCCGGCCCCAAAGAGCAGGACAAGGACUUUGGCUUCGAAGGCUGCGGCGAGAAGGAUGGCAGGGCGCUCGGCGGCGGCUCGCAGCCCUGCGCGCCCAGCGGGGGCGAGGGGACGUCCCCCUUCCCCGCCACCAAGGACAAGGAGCCCCACAGCCAGCGGGAAGCCGUGAUCCGGCCGCAGCAGGCAGGCAAGAUCGACUUCAAGUCCCUCCACAACAAGCCCAAGUUCGCGGGCGAGGGCGGCUGGGGAGGCAUCAAGGGCAGCCCCCAGUCCCCCCCGGGGAAGGGCAGAGCCCGCGAGCGCAGCCGGCGGGCGGGGAAGGGCGAGAGGGGCCAGCACCAGCUCUACCGGCUCAGCAUCGCCAGCGCCCGCCCCAGCCCCACCAUCGGCAUCGCCUACCCCCAGCAAAAAGUGACCCCCCCGAAGGUGCCCGAAGCCAGCCGGGCUCCCGCGGCCGGCAGCUACCGCUUCCACGUGCCCGGCGUCCCCGAGGAGGAAGAGCUGAGCUUCGGCCGCUGCUUCCCCGAGGCCGCCGCUGGCCGUACCUCCGCCAACUAUACCUCACCACCCGCCGGCCCCCCGCGCUUGCCCCACGGCCCCAAAGGGCAGCCCCCCGCCGGCAUCCCCCUCAAGAGCCCCGGCACCAAUGGGCAGCUACAUUACUUAGAGUUUCAGGCGAACGGAACGACCUCGUGGCCCUCUCCGGAGAAGAGCUUCACAGGUGCUAGCUACGGGGUCAAGCCCAGCUCUUUCCCCGAGGGCAGCAAGGCGGGCGGCCACGCUCUGGGCGCUUUGCCCUUCCAGUUCCCCUUCCAGCUGCUGCACGACUCGGGGAAGGAGCCGUACCGCGGCGAUGCCGAGUACCUGGACGUGGCCCUUGCCGCCGGCCAGGCGGCUCACGGCGCCUUCGGCUUCCACGCGUCCCCCCGAGAGUGGCAGGAGGAGGCGCCGGGCAUCGGCUCCUUCGAGGGCGCGUGCCCCCCGGGCCGGCUGUACGGCGUGCCCACCCCGCUCCUGGCCCCGCCGCCCGCCCCGCACCGCGGCCCUCUGCCGUGCUACAAGGGCAGGAGCGAGCACCCCGCCGACCCCAGCGGUGCUCUCUCGUCCUCUGGUGCUAUCGACCAAAACCCAAGCACUUUCCAAGAAAACCAAGCUGUUUUUCCGUCUAGUUUACACUCGCCUAGUGUGCCAAAGCCAGUCGGUAAGGGGCAAGCCUCAGCCAAAGACAGUGUGCCCAGCCCGCGGCUGCUGCUCCCGAGCAGCCCUCUCAGAAGGAAUAUGCCACCAAACUCCCUCUCCCAAGUGCACUUUCAGAGCAAAGCCUAUUGCAGCUCCCCCGCGGGCAGCGCGAGCGCAGGACCUGUGCCUUUCGAGACGAGCGUUCCCACUACGGCGCCCACCCACCCCCGGCUCGUGCAAGCCUGGGAGGGCGCCGCCAAGGCGUUUUCUCCCGUGGACCAGAACUCAGCACCUUAUUCUAACCCUGUUGGAAGCCAGUUCUCAUUCGAGUGCCAGCCUGGCCCCGAGCAGAGGCAGCACAGGCAGAAAAAUGCCAGGAUGCCUUGGCAGCAAAUACACCUCGCUUCUGCGGUGCCCGGCCAGAACAGGAUCGAGCUGUCGAGGCAGAUGAGCGGCCAGAAGCUCCCUUUCCCCCUCGGCACGCCGGAGUGGCCGGGCAGCGGCAAAGCCCACAAAGGCCCCCCCCUGAGCAGCUCCCCAGGGUAUCACAGCAAAAAGCUCCUGUCGGGAGAGAGCCUCGGGGCGCAGCGUGGGGACCCUGGCUUGACGGGCGCUUUUUCUUUCGAAAAUGGCAAGGACCCGACCUCUCCCGCCUGCGACUCGAGAAGCAAAGCCCUCUUCUACAGCAUGGGCCAGGCGGGGCCCCCUCCUCCUCCCUCCAGGAGCUCGUCAGGCUCAGCGUUGGUCCUGCCGCCGUCAGCCCUGGUGGCCGCCUCGCCCUGCGGGUCCCCGCUGCCGUCCCCUGUCCCCAACCCCACCUGCGGCAGCACUUGCUCCUCGCUCUCCCCCAUGUCCAGCAGCCCGCUCAACCCCAGCUUCGAAGACGGCCAGCUGUCCGGGGCGCUCACCUCCUCGCCCUUCUUCCACCACCCCUGCCAUCCCAAGGAAGGCGGCAAAACCUUCCACCCCUCCGAGGUGCUGAACUCGGGCUCGCUCCACUACCACCCCCAGGACUCCAUCAAGCCCUUCCACUUCCCUCCCGACGCCCUGAAGGACGACCACCUCCUGAAAUGCUCCCCGGAGAGCCCCUUCCACAAAGCUGGCGCCGAGGUGGCCAAAAGCUGCCUGGAUGGCUUGGACGGGGAGCCACCACCACCGCCGCCGUACGCGUCCCAUCACCUGCUGGCCGGCUCUCUCAGCAGCGCCAGCCUGGACCAGCUGGACGUGCUGCUGACCUGCAAGCAGUGCGACCAGAACUACAGCAACCUGGCCUCCUUCCUCGAGCACCGCCAGUUCUGCGCAUCCCACCCCGAGGCCAAGGAACCCCCCCGGGUAGCCGAGGGGCGGCGAGGGCUGCCCCCCGAGCCCCCCAAGCCCCCCGCCGCCGCCGGGGCCGGCCUGCCGCUGUCUCCGGACCCCCAGGCACAUUUGCUGGCGCUGAACAAGGGCGAGGAGUUUCUGCUGGAUGGGGAAAGCAAGGGCGACGGCAAGGAGGACGCUCUGAAGGGCGGCCUCUUCAACGGCCUCGCCGCCAGCUCGUUGCCUCUCACCGCCUCCGACCUGGACAUCGACGACGCCAAGCUGGACAGCCUGAUCACCGAAGCCCUCAACGGCCUGGGCUACCAGUCGGACAACCCAGAGAUCGACAGCAGCUUCAUAGACGUGUUUGCCGACGAGGAGCUGACGGGCAUGAAGGCCGCCGGCAGCGGGGCGUCCCACAAGGCGAAGGAAGGGCUGGCCUCGGAGAGCAAACCCAGGCACGCAGCGGCGGAGGAGAAGGACGGUUACUGUUAUGAGGACAGCCACCCGGGGGGGGAGAGGGCGAAGAGACGAGCAGGAAAGCAGCACGGCCACAAGGGGAGGGCGGCACGGAGGCUGGUGGCCCGCGAGGCCGAGCGGACGGAGCCGGCAGCGGAGGAGAGGACGGCCAGGCUGAGGGUGGGCAGGAAGAACAGCGUCCCGCCGGUGUCCUCCAGGUCAGCCUCCGGCCAAAAACAGCCCAAGAAGCUCAGCCAGGAGCCUCAGACGAAGAGCGAGGCCGGGCCGGGCGCUGCCACCAAGAGCCCCAAGCCACCUCGGUUCUCCAUGAAGGAGGGGAAGAAACGGAAGCCCCGGAGCGGGACGUGGAGCAAGGAGCUCAUCCACAAGAUCGUGCAGCAGAAGAACAAGCUCCACCAGCUGCACGCGAAGAGCAGCAAGCAGGAGCAGCUCCCCCUGCACCACGAGAGGCUGGAGAACCCCAUCCAGGAGGGCCGGCUCCAGGAGUACGACUACGUCUCCGACUCGGAGGACGAAGGGGCAGCGUGCAGCAAGCUCCGCGGGAGGAGGAAGCGGGGGGCAGCGUUUGUCGGGAGAGCCAAAUACAGCUUCAGCAAGAAACGCCCGGGGAGAGGCGAGAGAGCCAAGGAGAAAGAUCCUGCCUGGAGCUACAGCCGGAGAAGAGACCGUCAGAAAAGGGAGGCACCGGGGCAGAGGAGGGCCUCCAGUCCGGAGGCUGCCAAGAAGGGGGAUUGUGCCGGCAGAGCCCGCAGGAGGAGCAGCCAGUCGUCUACGGGCAGCAAUCCCAAUGCGAGCGCGGCCACCGAGGCCGGUCCCACCGACCUGGUGGGAGAGAAGGCAGCCGUGCCGGGGAGGAGGCACUCAGGCAGCCCAGCAUGGGCACCGCGGGCUGCACUCGGCCAUCCCGAGGACAGGAGCCCGAAGAAGAGCCAGAAAAGCAAGGAGGACUUCUCGCGGGGGAGCAGACAGGUUGGCUCAGCCAAACCUUUGCUAGCAGGCCCCAGGUCCCAUCCAAGUACUGAACCUGAUGCUUCUGCAGGGGACGAUGCAAAGGAGGAGCCACUACCGCCGAGCCGGGAGGGGCAGCUCCCCAGCACGGCCACCUCGGGCAGGAGCCCCAUCAGGCUCCCCCAUAAGAAGGAGGCAGAAGAGCCCAAAGGAGCAGCAAACCAGGCAGGAGAAGGCAGCCCAGUAGCUCAGGACUCGGCCGGGCUGGCAAUGGUCGGCCAGAGGCAGCAGUUUGCCCCCUACAUGGGUGACACAGUGAAGUACCACGCAGAAGAGCUGAUGGCUCCAUCCCAGAGCGAGCCCAGCCCCAGCAGCACCAGCACUGCCUUCUCGGGAGCAGGCAGCAAGUACGGGAAGGCACCCGGGGUCGCUGACGGUGGAAAGGGCUUUGCCACACCGGCUGCCCCAUUUGGGGGCGAUGCGGUGGGGAUGAUGCUGGCUGCCAAGGCGCCCGAUCCGUACGUCAGCAGUGACAGCGCCUUUUUUGACCCCAAAGGUCUUCCUGCUCACUACGAUGCCAACCUCUUCUCAAAACCCCCGGCCCUGGGGUCCUCGCACAUGGAUGACAUGUACUUGUGCCGGGAGGACAUCAGCACCAGCUCCUUUGAGCAGAAGCACGCCAGCAUCUCCCCCUACACCGCAGAAACCCCGCAGACCAAGGUCUCCUCCCCUCUCAGCUUUGACUCCUCCUCGAUUUUUGGAGAGCUUCCUGUGACUGAGUUCGAUUCGCCACUGUACGAGAGCGUGUCUGCCGGCAAGGACGGCUACGUGGCAGCGUUCGCCUGCCCCAGCAGUGCCCCCAGCAAGCCGCUGCCCUUUGAGCAGCCGUACCCGCCGUUCAUGCCGGAGAAGGACUGGUCCCUGAUGGAGGAGGUGGCUCCGAUGCUGCCAGAAGACAUGGCUCACUUCCACGGCCUGGCGGUGGACAAGCCGCUCGCCAAGAAAUUCCCCGAGGAGGCACCCGUGGUGCCCCCUGCCCAGCUGUCUCUGCCGGACAGGAUAACGGAUUACAACGUGGCUUUUAUGAACAACAUGUCCGACGACGAGCUGGAGAUCAAGCGGCUGGUGACGGAGCUGGAGAGCCAGCUGCAGACCAGCAAGCUGAGCGGCGAGGCGCCGAAGGGCGAGCAUCACGCCACUGCACCUCUGCGGGGACCGGCGGCCGAGCCCUUCCCACCCCUGCCUGCUGACCAGGGGACGGGCCACCAGAAGGGGCUGUUCAUGGCAGAUGACCUGGGCAGCUCGAGCCUCCUGGCCACCAAGGUUUGUGCCGGGGAAAGGCUGGGGGGCGAGAAGACGGCGGUCACGAGUGCCCGUGGUGGCUACGAGGGAGGCAGGGAGCCCUGGCAUGGACCCGUGGCGGCGUUCAGCUCGCUGGAUGCCGGGAUGUGCAGGCCAGCCCCCUCAGAUGGGUUUUGCCCCAAAGAGAGCGGGGAGCAGCUGCAGGGAGCUGCGGCCACCGAAGGAAGUGGCCCCAGAAAGACGGAAAAUGAGUCUUCCUCCAAAAACCCAUCCAGCUCCUGCAUUCCGGACACAGCUGAGGUGCCCGUCUACACAGACACCCCUGCUAAAAGCCCUCCUCCUGUCACCAACGCCAGGAUGGUUGAGGCAACCGAAGCCAAGAAGGACACCCUGCCAUCCCUGCCAUGCAAACACGGUGCAGAAAGCUUCCCUGUGCCAGGGAAACCAGGUGAGCGCUUUGGUGACGCCGCGGAGCUGGAGAAGUUCAGCGCCCAUCUUCCAAACCACGAACCUGAGCUCGGCUUCCAGCCGGGUCUGGCUGCAGCCACGGACCUCGCCUUUUCGCCUCACGUCAAAGAGAUCCCUGAUGCAGAAGAAAGACCCUUCAGCAAGUCCAAGGAACCCCAAGUGGUGGAAAGCGCCGUGGACUUCAAGGGGGAUGGCGGAGGGUCUGCGUUGCUGGAAGAAGCGGAGGAGAGGAAGAGCCCCGCAGCCUUGCUGGCCCCUGGGCACGAAGACAAAGCCAGCAAGCACAAAGCUCUGCUCUUCCACAUGCUGAGCCUGCCCAAGGAGAGCGGCUGCGGCUCCCAGAGGACAUCAGCCACCCAGGACGCAAACCCCCUGCAGCAGCUCCAGCUCUUCGUGGCGCGCACGGUGAAGAGCAACGAAGAGGAGCUGUUGAUGCCGUGCUUCCCCGUUCUGCUGGCCCCCGGCCACCCCCCUGCUGCCAGCAAGGGCCAGCCGGAGCAAAAAGAGGAGAGCAGUGAUGGUGAAAAUCAGGCGUAUUGCCCUGUUCCAGGGGAAGGAGACGUCCCCGUCGUGGGCAAUGCAGAAAGCAUCGCUGCCCCAGCUAAAGAGGCUGUGCCAUUCCCCGGUGCCUGCAGGCAGCUGGAGCCCUUCAGUGCAAUGGGCUCUUACGGUGCAAAACUAUCCACGUUUGCUGGCCCGGAGCUGCAAAAUAAUGCAGCGGAGCUGCAGCACUUAGCAAAUGAAGACGAGGAGCCAAAUGACAUUAAUAUCCGUGCAGAUGGUGCUUCCCGAGAGCAAAACGACCUCUCGCCACUCAAAAACACAGCGGUGACCCCACCGCCAGGGCAAGGGAAGAAAGCUGAUCAGCUCGUGGAAGAGCAGGAGCAUAAAGAUAAAAACAAAGCGGCCUUGGCAUUUAAAACACAUGAGCAAUCCCAUUUAAGCUGUGGCCUGAUGGAGAAAGAAACUCUGGGCAGCGCAACAUCAGCGGGGCUGGGAACAAACGAGGCUGAAUGCAGAGCGUGGUGCCGGGGAGCUGACCGGGAAGUGCAGGCACCGGGAUCCGUGGGCACGGGCAGUGCCCCCGCCAGCCCCACCGGCACACUCGGUCCCUGCAACGAGCCCCACACGCAUCCCCGAUUGCUGCAGGACACAAAAGCAAAUGCAAAGGUUCCCAGAGAAGGAAACAGUAAGAAAAAGUCCCCCAACGGCUGUCAUUACGCAGGUGAAUCUCUGGCCAGCCUGCCCUCGCCACUGGGCUUUUCUCACCCCAAAUACUUGCAGGGUGGUGGGACUGAGGGUGAAGAAUCCCCCGGCUUCAGCAAUCAGCUCUCGGAAGAUAACAAUGCCGUGGAGAUGGAUGGUGCCCAGGAGCCACGUAGGAAGGACAGCUCGCCUCCCUGCUCACCUUUCAGCCACAAAGGGGGUGGGAAGGAGGGACCCGAAAGCACCGGCGCCGUGCUGCCAGGAUCUCAUUUUAGAGAAAACCAAGCGUGUGCAGUCACCGACAUGGUCAUCAGCUCCAUUCCUCCAGCAACCCCAAAUUACCCAACCCAGCCCGCGACAGAGCUUCUGCUGUUCACAGAAAGAGAGGUGAACCUAAAUCAGGAGAAAAAGCUUGAGAACUGCUGCGAUGAUGGCAAUAAGCAUCGGAAUGAACCGGAGGCUUUGUCCGACGGUUUUGUUGUUCAGCAGGUGCCAACCGCUGUCUGUAGAGGGCUUAAAAGGACGGGAGAUCUUGGUCCUGCCGAAUCAAAUGGCCACCAGCCUUCAGAGGCAGCAGAGGUGAGAACUGGUGAUCUUUCCAAAACCACAGAGAUCGGAGAAAAGAGUUUAAAAGGGGAGAAACCCAAGAGCCACAUAGCUGAGCACAGCGGAGAAGCUGUGAGUUGCGUGUUAAAUAACACGGGCCAAGGAGAGGGCAACACACGUCACAGCACUCCAAGCCCUUCCCAAAAUGAACUGCAGAAAGAAAAGAAGCCCAACGGGCUCCAGGUCACCUGCGACAUUUGUUCAGCCUCUUUCCGCUCCAAGCCCGGCCUGACCCGGCACAAAGCUGUCAAGCACCAGGUGAAGCCCGGCAAGACUCCCAGGUCCGCCUUGAUUCCUGCGGACGAGACAUCGAGGGCAGCCCAGAAGGUCCCCAGAAGGAGCCUGAAGGCUGUCAGAGAGAAAACCUGCAGCUCCCAGGUCCCAACUGCUGCUGAACACGUGCCCAAGAAAAUAUGCGCAGGCCUGGAGAAGGAGCCCAGCGCGCAGAUGCAGGAGGUGGUGAGCAGAGUGCUCAGCGACCUCAGCGUGAUAUCCCUCGAGGUGUCCCAGGAGCUGCACCGCACGCGUGUUGCGCACCGGGAGAUGAAGGCCAAGGGGCAGCGCGCGGAGACGGGGGCAGGAGAGGUGGCAGCGGGGUCGCCGGACCCGGGGAGGCAAGGGAGGAAGGGGGAGAAGGGCAGGAGGAGUCAAAGCAAAGAUCCCGGAGGGGUAAAUGGCAAUUCCGAGAAGAAGCUGAACAGGAAAGUGAGGCGAAGGAAAGCAAAAGCAUUUCCCAGCAGACAUGAGCCCGACGGUCUGCGUGAGCUGGGGAAGAAUUCAGGUCCUGCCCCUGCUGCCCUCAGCCCCAGCCUGCCCGCUCUCACGGAGGGCCUGCGUGAGCCAGGCGGGUGCAUUUCCACAGAGGAACAAAAUCGACCCAACUCAUCCCCUCCAAAAGCGAAGCAGUCCCCGUGCGCAGCCGAGCUCGCAGAGGACCCGGACGACAGGAUGGUGCCUUCAGAGGUGGUCAGCAAGGAGCCAGGAGCGGCUCCCUGUCCCGAGGUGGAGGAAGACCCGAGUGAAGCAGAAAGCACGCAGGCUUGCAGAGCGUGGGUUAGCGGGUUUGUGAAGCAAGUGGAGGAGGGACUGGGCGAGGUAGGCGAGGAGCAGCCCCGCGAUGGCACGGAGGAGAUGGGCGCUGAGACAGGAGGCAGUUCGGGAGGCAGCGGCGCUGGGAACUGGAGCGGUGCCCCAGGGGGUCUCACAUCACCUGCCCCGGGGGUACCAAAGGUGCAGACAAAUGAUUUGGAAACCCCCCAGAAGGCUCCAACACACGGAGCUCUGCAGCCCCCGCCGGCACCCAGCCCCGCUCCCGCGGAGCCGAAGCGCCGGGCGAAGGCAGAGCUGCCGCCGAGCAGGGAGCACCACGGGGACAACGCGGCCACCUCCGACCUCCAGGGCUUGUUCGACGACGACCCCACGUUCUCCCAGCUGUUCCCCCGGGACGACCAGCUCAUCCGGAGGAAGUGCACGCGGGUGUAUGGGAAGCGCAGCAAGAAGCCCAAGCCUGUCACCGAGGUGAGCCUGCGGCCGGCGGGUGCCAUCGACCUCUUCUCCAUCCGGCUGGCGUCCGACCUCAGCGACACCGGCUCCUUCUGUGUCACCAGGGAGGACCCCUGCGAGUACGAAACCAUCUCCAUUGACGACGCCUUGAUGCUGAACAUGUGUCACGGCAGCAAGGCCAAGAGCGGGGAAGCAGGACCCGGUGGGUCCACAAGCACAGCGCUGCGGUCGGACGGCGAGAAGGACAGCCCUGGGAGAGAUGUCACCGACCUGGAGGACAACGUGCUAACGUUCUUGUGCCAGAACAGCCACAUGGACAACGGCCCCAGCUUGAGCAUCUGGGCGGGUCUGGAGAAGGAGGGAGAGAGCCUGUCCACUGAGGAGAUGUUUGAGGCUCCGGUGGGCCUGGAGAACGAGCACUCGCUUGGAGAAAUGAGCUCCGAGCCCCCCGACCUGGCGGAGGAGCCCUAUGACGGCAAGAGCAGCGAAGAUUCAGACUCCCCCGAAUUCCACACGAUCGACAUCGAGAUGCUGAAUGCCAAGCUGAAAAUGAGGGACGUGUGUUUCUUCGGUUCUUGCGAAGAGCUUCCUGGCCGCGGGGACGACGGCGCUGCCAGCUUCAAGCCGAAGCCGGGGCAGCACAGCAAGCACGGCAGAAGUAAGCUAGAAGAUGGGAAGCUGGGCAAAAACCGCGGCGACAUCACCAUCAAGGCCAAGGACAAGCAGUACAAGUGCAAAGUCUGCUUCCAGUGGUUCCUGACGUUGGGGGAGCUGGACUUCCACAAGCUCACCCACAACCCCUCCCCGCCGCCCACCUGCUACAUGUGCGUCCAGCGCAAGUUCAGCUCGCGGGAGCAGCUGAGGGACCACCUGAAGGAGAAGCACGCCAAGAACAAGGCCGGGCUGUGGGCCUGCGGGAUGUGCCUGAAGGAGAUUUCCGACGUCUGGAUGUACAACGAGCACCUCCGCGAGCACGCCACCCAGUUCGCUCGCAAGGGGCAAGCGCAGAAGUCCGUGAUGGGCCUGCCGGCCUGCUUCGGUGAGGACAACGACGCCGUCACCCACUUCCUCAACACCAUCAUGUGUCGGAAGCCCAGCAGGUCUUCUCGGCACGCUGACCCCAGCAGUAAGCACGCACCGAGCAGGGAGAACAGGAGCCCCAGGGAGCUGCCACCGGAGCAGGAGGCCAAGGCGGUGAAAGAGCCCUUGGAGAGCAGCGUCAAGGUGAAGCCACCUGCACCCAGCUCCUCCAAAGCAUCCGCCAGUCCGUCUCCGGAGCAUCCAGCAAGAAGCGAAGGCACCCCGAAAUCUGUCCCCAUGCACCCAGACUGCAAGGAUCCUUCCAGGGACUGUCAUCACUGCGGCAAGCAGUUUCCCAAGCCCUUCAAGCUGCAGCGGCACUUAGUGGUGCACAGUCUGCAGAAGAUUUACCUUUGCCACAAGUGCCCGAUGUUCUACCAGGAGACCAAAGAGCUUCGAAACCACCUCAGCCAGGAGCACGGGAUAGUGGAGGAGCAGGAGAUCAAGCACACCACGCUGUACGCCUGCGAGCUCUGCGCGGACGUCAUGCACGUUAUCAAGAAGUCCUUCAUCUGCAGCAUGUGCAACUACACCUUCUCCAAGAAAGAGCAGUACGACCGGCACAUGGAGAAGCACCUCGCGGGCAGCAACAGGACUUUCAAAUUCAGAGGGGUCAUGAGGCCCGGCGCUGCCUCCAGGGAGGGCAGGGAGAAGGUGAGGGAGGAUGGCAUGCCGCCGAGCAAGAAGAGGAAGGUCGCUCCCCACGGCACCUCGCCGGUCCGCCUGGCCCACGCUGGUGACCUGCAGCUGGUGGAGGCUGCGAGCCCCAGCCUCCAGCCUCCUUCUGACCCCUUCCCUGUAGCACCCAGGGACCCGGCGGCACCUCUGCCCCAGCCGCCCGUGAAAACCGAAGACCUGGUGGGUGACUUCUCCGACCUCCUGGCGGAGAUGGAGAAAUCCCAGUUUGACUCCCUGCCGCCUCCACCCUGCCUCUCCCCGUCUUUGCCACAGGCUGCGGCCGGCGGUGCCGAGCUCGGCCACAUCGCUGCCCUCUCCAUCGAGGAGCUGGAGAAAGGAGCGUUUGAUGGGAAACCACUUCCUUUCCUGGACUCGCCCGGGUUUAGCAUUGACCUUGCUGGGUUAGCGUGCAACCAAGCCACAGACCAAAAGCUGUCUCCUCCACACCUCGCCGAGAAGCGCGGCUACGCCGAUACCCAUAAAAGAACAAGCACAAGCAACAAAGACGAAUAUAUAGCAGGGGGGGUGGCAAACCCUGAUGCAGCCACCGAUGCCGUGGAUGGGAUUCCAUUUCUCCAGCUCGCCAAGAAGGUCUCGGAGCUUCCUUCCCAAGGGGCAGAGGCUCCGCCGGCCAAGGAGACCCACAGGACGCAGUGGGGCAACCCCAGUGCCAGCGAGGCCUCUUCUUGGGAAGGCGCAUCCAAAGCCACUUCUCCGGAGGCUGCCCACCAGCCCCUGCCCCUGAAGGACAAGACAGCAUCUCCCGCACUGAACAGGGCUGCCAAAGAUUCGCCCCCACAGAAGAAAACCACGGGGAACCAGCCCAGCAGCGAGGCUGCUCCCGAGGAGGGCCAGCAAGGUGGUGUGGCGAAGGACAAAUCCGUGCCUGAUGGCAGCACCAAGGAGAGCAGCGCUGGCACCAGGGACCACGGUGGCAACCCAAGCAGAUCCUCCGGCCACCAGCUCCGAGGAGAUUCUGCCGGCCACGCCGGCAAGCUUCACCCCAAGAGGAGGAAAGAGCACAAGUCCCUGAGCCACCGGGGCAGCGCUGGCUCCCGGGAGAACAUGGAGGGAGACGGGAAGAAGAAGAAAGGCCGGGCACCGGGCCCGGGCAGGAGCGAGAGCAGCGGCGAGCUGAAACGCGCCGACUGGAGCAUCACCGAAACUCCUGCCCUGUCCCCGGGGAGGAGGGAUGCUCACGGCAACAAGCUGCUGCCCAGGCCCAAGAUGGGCACCCAGCUGAAGAAGAUGGUCCUGGACGCUUGCAACCAGAAGAAGGGGGAGCUGCGGCACGCCAACGGCGACGUGCGGCGCAGGAAGGCCAUUCUGGGGAAGAGCCUGCACCAAGUGCUGGCCAAGGGCACGGCGCCGGCCCCGCGCGGCUCCUUGCACAGCCCGCGCCCCGCGCGCGGCACCAAGCCCGCCGGCUCGGCCAGCUACCGCACCGCCGAGUCCCAGAACAACCUGCUCAGCCAACUCUUCGGGCAGAAAUUAACCAGCUUUAAGAUUCCUUUAAGGAGAGAUACUUCAGAGUAAUUUAUGGAAGUGACUUACGGUGAUCCGCAGCUGCUUUCACGGGGUUUGCAAAGGGGAAAAAAUUAUCAAAGCAUUAAAUUCGUUUGUGUAGCAUGAUUUUUCUGUCUAGCUUAAACGAACUUGCACUGCAGCCUCUGUGAAAUAGUUUGCUUUGUGUCUACUAAUCUACUUUAAUUCACCUGAUUUAUCAUGCAAAUGCUAGAACUUUGAUGUUGCUGAUGAUUUUCAUGAACUGAAAUUGUAAUCGCUUUGGGCAGACUGAAUCGUCAAGAGCAAAUGCUUUAUUGCAGAAGUGCUGAGGUUAUAAGGAUACUUGCAAAUCUCAGACCCUUUUGAGACUGUGUCUGUGUUAUCUUUGUACAAAGUACUUGAAGAGAUGAACUUCAUUCCGUAGACGUCUUAUUCAUAAGGUGCAGUACACUGUAGAAAGCAAAUUAUUUUUUUUUUUUUGAAGAUUUUGCACAAAUAAUCCCGUACAAUUCACUUAAUUGGGAGCAGGCCUAAGAGAUGAUACAAUUCAAAAUAAUGAAUAACAAAAAUCAAGUAAAGCAUCAAGCGUCCCAUAUUCUGACAGCCAUCCCGAAGAAUUUGUUUCUACGUCGUCAGGAGAAUACCGAAGCAGCCGGCGGGCUGUCCGAGCGCUGCCGCCGCCGCUGCCGUCCUUUGACCACUGUAGGUGAUGUGCACGGAGGAGAGCUGCCACCGCUAGCAAACUGCACCUUGACACUUGUGACAAACUCUUGGUUUUUUAAGGGUUUUUUUUUUUUUUGGGGGGGGGGGGGUUGUUUUUGUUGCUGUUUUUGUUCGUGUGGGGUUGUUGGUUUUUUUUUUUUGUUUUUUUUUUUUGCGCAACGACAAAACUGUGCCAACUUACCGCGCCGCAACGGUACUGUCCGAGUGCCCUCCACGGUAUAACUUCUACAACUAUCUUACUGUAUUGAGUUAGUGGCUAUAUAGGUAUCCGCUUUUUACUAUGCAGUUACUGGUGCUAUUCUUAUUUCGUAAUGUGAAUACAGACUUCCUUGAUCGAGAAAAAAAUAAUAAUAAUAAUAAUAAAAAUAAAAGGGAACCGUUAGGAAGUAGCCGUUACCUGUAAGAGAAAACAAAGCAGGAAAAUCAAAGGUUAGGGAAAAUCCUGUAUGCUGGUACUCCGUAGUGUCGCGAAGGUUACGUCACGCUGGACAAGCACGUUAUACAACCGAACUUCUGAACCGGAAAGUAAUCUCAGGUGCAAACGAGGACAUGGAAGAUUAAAUACUAUUGAAACACUCCCAAGUCAAGGAGGUGAAGUAAUGCACUGAUGUGAUAUGAACAGUCAGAGUACUUUGCGUCUGUCCUGCAAUUUUUUUUUUGUUUUGUUUUGUUUCAGAUUUAAAAGGAAAACAAGAAAAAAAAAAAGAGGCUUUAUUCUGUUAAUAUGUACCUUUACGAUUCUUUGUAUUGUAUAAAAAUAUUGUAGGUAAUUUACCUUGGGUGCAAUGUGUUAUGUCAAAAGUUUUUAUUUUGAUAUUUUGUCAGAGAAGCAGAGAGAGAGCAGGAAACGCCGUUUUAUGAUGUUGUAUGUGUGCUUUUAAAGUGCCUCUUUAAUAUUGUUAAAUAAAGUAUGAGAUGAAAA